AUGGUGGAAAUUGUUAUUGAUCAUAGAAAACGUUUUAAAGAAAUAAGAUCUCAUGCUUACAAUCACAAAAUUGUCCGGUUUAAUUCACGAUCAGGAAAUAAUUCAUUGAAUCAAUCUACAAUAAAUAAAGAUCCUCCAGAGGAGAAAUCUAAUGAAUCAACUGUAUACAAUCAAUACUGGUCAACAAAUGAUUUACUGUCUUUUGAAUGUGGCAGUAAUGAUAAUGAAAAAUGGCACCAUUCAAAUGAAACUGAAUAUCAUAGAGCUAACCUUGAUGAUAGAUUAGGUGUUAAUUUUAAUUCUGGAAUAUUUGAUUGGUCUCAAAGUGAAUCUUGGUUAAUUGUUCAAAAUGCUAUAAUAAAUACCAUUCUUUGUAAACCAAAUCUAGAUAUCAGUGAAGCCGUCAGAAAUAUGAGACAACUGGUAAACUCUGGAAUUGAAACAGCUACUAUUAUUGAAUAUUGUGAUGGAAAGGUGUUACGUAACACUAUGCGUACUCUUCGCAGACCGUUGGAAAAGUUAAAUGGCAAUGAAUUGAUCAGUGAACUAAUAAGAAUUUGGAAAUAUUAUAUAAACUAUAGUUAUCCUAUUAUUUUAUUAAUAUUCACUACAGUGUCAGUUCCACAAAAAACAAUUGAAUACAUGUUAGGAGCUUCCUUUUUAAAGUAUAUACUUGAGAGGAUGAAAAUUGAAGACAUUAUCAAGAAACAGAAUAACAAAAUUAAUUCGCAUGUUCGACACAUGUAUUACACAAUACUAACCUUUUGUUUAGACAAACUUUCAGGUGACAAAAUUCAACAAUAUAAUCAAUUAUUUAUGAAGUAUAUUUUACCUGGAAUGGAAUUCAUAGAAAAUCAAUAA